AUGGGAGACCUGAAGUCAGGUUUUGAAGAGGUGGAUGGCGUGAGGCUCGGCUACCUCAUCAUUAAAGGAAAGCAAAUGUUUGCCCUCUCCCAAGUCUUCACGGAUCUGCUGAAAAACAUCCCGAGGACGACCGUGCACAAGCGCAUGGAUCAUCUGAAAGUGAAAAAGCACCACUGCGAUCUGGAGGAGUUGCGAAAACUCAAAGCAAUCAACAGCAUCGCCUUCCACGCCGCCAAAUGCACGCUCAUCUCCCGGGAAGACGUGGAAGCGCUCUACACCUCCUGCAAAACUGAGCGCGUCCUCAAGACCAAGCGCAGGAGGGUCGGCCGGGCCCUGGCCACAAAGGCGCCGCCGCCAGGGCGCGCCGCCGCCGCCGCCGCCGCCGCCGGCCCCCGCCCGGCUUUCUGGAAGGACAAGCACCAACUUUGGCGGGGCCUGAGCGGAGCCGCGCGGCCCCUGCCAAUCAGCGCGCAGUCCCCGCGCCCGGGCGCCGCCGCCGCCGCCGCGCGCCCAGCCGCCCAUCUACCUCAGAUUUUUAGCAAAUUCCCGGGCUCGCACUACCCGGAACUCGUGCGCUCGCCUUGCAAACCCCCUCUAAACUAUGAAACUGCCCCGCUCCAAGGAAACUACGUCGCUUUCCACUCGGACCCUGCUUAUUUUCGGAGCCUGCUGUGCAGCAAGCACCCGGCCGCCGCCGCCGCUGCCGCCGCCGCCGCCGCCGCCGCCGCCGCCGCCGCCGCCGCCUACUACCAGGCGUCGGCGGCCGGGCCCCAGCCCAAGGCUGCAGCGGCGACGGCGGGCGCCGGAGGCCCGGUGAGCCUGACCUACCGGUGCAAGCGCAAGCGCGGGGGCGCCAAGGACUGCCUGCUCGCGCCGCACGCCGGCGCCCGCCGUCUGCUGCUGUUGCCCAGGUCCUACAAAGCCAAGGCGGCGGCGGCGGCGGCGGCGGCGGCGGCGGCGGCAGCGGCGGCGGCGGCCGCCGGGGCCACUUGCCUGGAGAGGUUUCAUCUGGUGAACGGCUUCUGCCCGCCUCCCCACCACCACCACCACCAUCACCACCACCACCACCACCAUCACCACCACCACCGGGCCCAGCUGCCGCAGCCGAAUCACCAUCCCCCUCAUCACCACCGGCCGCAGCCCCAUCUGGGCAGCUUUCCCGAGAGUUGCAGCAGCGACUCCGAGUCCAGCUCCUACUCGGACCAUGCCGCCAACGACUCGGAUUUUGGCUCCAGUGUGUCCAGCUCCAGCAACUCUGUGUCCUCGGAGGAAGAGGAGGAGGAGGGAGAGGAGGAGGAAGAGGAGGAGGAAGAGGAGGAGGGGGGCAGUGGGGCCUCGGAUUCCAGUGAAGUCAGCUCGGAGGAGGAGGAGGAGGACUCGUCCACGGAGUCGGACUCUAGCUCCGGCUCCAGCCAAGUGUCCGUGCAGAGCAUCCGUUUCAGGCGCACCAGCUUCUGCAAGCCUCCCAGCGUACAGGCGCAGGCCAACUUCUUGUACCAUCUGGCCUCCGCCGCCGCUGCAACCAAACCCGCUGCUUUCGAGGAUGCCGGCAGACUUCCCGAUCUCAAGAGUAGUGUCAAAGCGGAAUCGCCCGAGGAGUGGAAUCUGCAGAGCUGGGUCCCCAAAGCGUCUCCGGUGUACUGCCCGGCCAGCCUGGGGAGUUGUUUCACAGAGAUAAGGAACGAUAGGGUAUCUGAGAUUACAUUCCCACAAUCUGAAAUCUCCAGUACUGUAAAGAGAACUGACCUGACAAUUAACUGCCUGACGGAGGGGGCCUCUUCACCUAGCCCAAAGACAAACAAUGCAUUUCCACAACAAAGAAUACUCCGCGAGGCUAGGAAAUGCCUGCAAGCAACUCCUACUACACACUGUGCAGAUAACAACACAAUAGCUGCUAGGUUCUUAAAUAAUGAUUCUUCGGGAGCAGCAACAAAUUCAGAAAAAGAUUCCAAAAUCCCCCAUUGUACUGAAUUUGCUACGGAUUUGCCCUCUUCUUCGCCAACUUAUCCCGAGGUGGAUACAGCAGCAGUAGCAGCAACAACUAAAGCUGAGAAUGCCUGUACUGAUACCGGCGACAGGACAUUGCCGUUUCUGCACAAUAUUAAAAUCAAAGUAGAAGACAGUAGUGCUAAUGAAGAAUAUGAACCUGACCUUAUUACAAAUAAGCUAAAGUGCGAGUGCAAUGAUACGAAGGGUGAGUUUUACAGUGUGACUGAAAGUAAAGAGGAGGACGCCUUGUUAACUACAGCCAAGGAAGGUUUUGCAUGCCCUGAAAAAGAAACUCCUUCCUUAAAUCCACUGGCUCAGAGUCAGGGCCUUUCAUGCACUUUAGGUUCUCCAAAACCUGAGGAUGGGGAAUAUAAAUUUGGUGCCAGGGUGAGGAAAAAUUACCGGACACUAGUACUGGGAAAGCGACCUGUACUUCAGACACCUCCAGUCAAACCAAAUCUGAAAUCAGCUAGAAGUCCUCGUCCUACAGGUAAAACUGAGACACAUGAAGGAACACUGGAUGAUUUUACAGUUAUAAACAGACGCAAAAAGGUAGCCAGCAAUGUAGCAUCAGCAGUGAAAAGGCCAUUUAAUUUCAUGGCAAAUUUUCCUUGUCCACCAUCACUCAUUAUUGGGAAGGAUGGGGAUUUGUGGCCGGCGUAUUCCUUAAACACCACUAAGGAUUCCCAACCUCCUCACAAGGCCCAUCCUAUAUGGAAAUGGCAGCUGGGCGGUUCUGCAAUACCUCUUCCACCUAGUCACAAAUUCAGGAAAUUUAAUUCAUAA